AUGUUCCCACUGCCAUCCUCGUUUGUAGCGGUAAAUGUUCCAUCGCUCUGAGAUACGAUACAUGACCGCCAAUUUUCAGAUCAAGCCGCAGUACUCGAGCCCGUUGCCGGAGCAAGUGCCGAUGCCACCGCAGGAAUGGCUCGACACAUUGGGCACGGGCCAGAACCCGGUUUGUUUUCCAAAAAUUCUGAUUUCCAUUAUAUGCAUCGUUCCUCUAGAAACAGAAGAGCGAGGAUCAGUACAAACAUAAGACGAAAAACGAGAAGGAAGCGGGAAGUGAGGAGAGCAAGGAGCUGUAUCUAGUGUUCGUUCCGCUCGUGUUGCAGAAUCCGCUUCUGCUUGUUCAAGGUGCCAAGGUUAGUCUGAAUUUUUUGAAAUUUUUUGAGCUGCCACGAGAUUUGUUUUUUGUCACAAAAAUGUUGCAGAAGUAUGUAGAAGGGUAGCUUUUAUUUGCAGCAGGGCUGGGUCAUCGCUCGUCCUAUAACUAGGAGGAUUCAGCAGGGCAUGAAUUUAUGAAGUUGCAUUGUGGAUGGUGUUUAGGUGGCUUUUCGUGCGUCUAGGCUAUGUCUGCAAAAUUUGAAAAACACAUACAUAUUUUCAAAUCAAAAUAACGCUUUACAGGAUCACGCCAUAAAGGUUCACCUGCCAUCCCCGUUGGGAGAGUUAGUCCUUCCUGUCCCGUUCGGAGAGGUAACCCUUCAACCGCUUCGAAACGUAAUGCAUGACUGUCAAUUUUCAGUCUCUGGCGCACUACCAAAGCCCGUUGCCGGAGCAAGUGCCGAUGCCGCCGCAGGAAUGGCUCGACAAAUUGGGCACAGGCCAGAGCGCGGUUUGUGCUUCCAAUUUUAACAACAUUCAAUGUAUUGUACUUCUAGGCGAUGAACAAUCAGGAUCAGGAGAUGAAGAAGUCGAAGAAACGCGGGGGAAACAACAAGAAAAAGCAAUCGGAGCGCGCCUCGUACCUGCCGGAGCUCCUGCGUCUGUUCGCCCACGCUACUAAGGUCAGUUGGAAAGUGUGAAAUUAAAAAAGGCUGGACGCUGGCCCUGCUGUCAUACAAACUUGCCCCACAGAAAUGUUGUGGAGUAGUAACUAUGCAUUGUAAAGAAUUUACAUUUUUCAGGCUGCUAACGAGAAAAAGAAGAAGGGAGGGACUUCGAAGGCCGAGAAAGUGGUUAGUUUACUUUUUUAAACCCUAAAUGGAUAGCCCUAAUAAUGUCCAAUAAUAGAAAUAAGCCGUUCAAUCGCUGUAUAAGAGACCUUUUUUCAGAUGCACCCGCCGUUUGCUCGCACUCUCUCGUCGGUCGAGCUGGAGAUUUUGGACGAGGAGAAGAAUACGAAGUAG